UCACUGCAGGAGGAAGAGCAUUGGCACAGUCAAUUGCGGGGCAGAUCACUGCGGGAGGAAGAGCAUUGGCACAGUCAAUUGCGGGGCAAAUCACUGCGGGAGGAAGAGCAUUGGCACAAUCAAUUGUGGGGUGAAAGAUUGCCAAAGAAAAAACAUUGCCACCACCAAUUGUCUUUGAGACUGUGGCCUGGAUUUUCUCGCCAAGGUUCAUGGAAAGCAACAAAAUCAUAUAGCUUACAGUGGCUGAGAUAUGACAACAAAGAAGCACUUUUCGGAUUCAUAAAUAAGGAACAAAACAGAAAUAUCAAAGAUGCUGAGAUUUUGUUAAGCACCAUGACCUUCAAUCACUGGAAAACAGGUUUGAUGUGCAAGCUAGAAUUUGAAGGACACCUGCCCAAUCUCUGUGACAGUAUGGGUAUGGGAUUAAAUCCCAGCAUGGAUAACUUCAAAAUCAAUAAACUGUUAGGUAAAGGUCGAUAUGGGGAAGUGUAUGAAUGCACUUAUUCUAAUGGUCAAUAUGCAGUAAAAACGAUUGAUGUAACCAAUUAUUUUGACCACACUGAACCAAGAGAAGUCAGCAUUAUGUCUUGCCUUCAAGACGCAAACAUUGUUACCUUUUACCAGGCGUGGUGUGAAAACAAGAAAGAGGAAAACAAAUUUCAUGGUUUUGGUGUACAUGAGCCGAAAUAUAUUUAUAUUCAUAUGGAGGCCUGUGCCAGGACCCUUUAUGAUUUUCUGUGUGGAAAUAAUGAAGGAACAAUUCAGGACAGGUGGUCUCUUUUUGAGAGAAUCGUAAAAGGUGUAAGAUGCAUCCAUGCUACUGGGAUAAUCCACCGUGACCUCAAGCCAUGGAAUAUUUUCCUUGGACCUUGUGGCGCUGUUAGAAUUGGUGAUUUAGGACAUGGUUGCUGGUCUAAAUCUUACUGUGAUGGUCGACGUGGUUCACCUGAUUGUGGAACCAUGUUGUAUUCGGCACCAGAGCUCAGGAAUGGGCUGUUGGUUACUGAUAAGGUUGAUGUGUACAGUUUAGGAGUGAUAUAUCUUGAGAUCUUCAUGCCUGCUGCUGUUAGUGUUAACAACAGAGUUGAUGCAUUGAUCGAUUUGAUGGAAAGACGAUACAAACCAGAAUGGACAGCUUGGUCCAUCGAUAUGGAAUUCUUGAAGGACCUAACUGCUUUAAACCCAUGUGACCGUCCAUCUGUGGGUACAAUUUUGGAAUAUAUCGCCGAACACGCAAGUGACUGUUGAGUGCUAAUGUCAGAUGUGCAAAGAUGAUGAUAAUAUCGUUAGUACGUUGUUCCAAAGAAUAAUCAGACCAAGCAUUUAGUACUUAGUAUUUUGCAUCAGCAGACGUAUUAUUGAUUGUAUGAUCAAUCAUUGUAGCUAUGUAGUACCUAGCUUUGGUACUCGAUGUAGAUUUCCAUUGAGAUGAACUCUCAUAAUCUGAACUAGAAAUUUCUGUCAAUCCUCAAUGUGUAUUGUCCUAUGAUGAACUCUCACAUCAGAAAUACUCUCUCUGUUGUCCCAAAUUAGAUGUUUUAACUUUUUA